AUGCACCAAAACAAAUACUACAAGUCUUCCGAAGAUACUGAGCAAAUGAAUAGUUCUUUAGAGAACAGUAAGAAUAGACUUUUUGGUGAGCUUGAAUCAAUUUGCAGAAGUGCCUCAGAUGCUAGUGAGGCUAAUAAAACUGGUGGCGCCUCUGCUGGAAACUUGGCUACAACAUUCAGUACCUGCUUGCCUAUCACUCUAGACAAACAUACCACCAACGCUGGCGCCACUGCUGCUGGGGCUGCCAUUGGGCAUUGUCAUGACGGUUCUGAGUCAUUUAGUGGUCAUGAAGCGCCCGUAGCUGUGGUUUCAAAGAACAAGAAAAGGAAGAAGUUGAAAGAUGAAUUGAGUUCGAUGGCCAUAUUUUUUGAGGGCUUGGUGCAUCAGCUCAUGGACCACCGGGAGGCUCUUCACAGUAAUUUUAUGAAUGCAAUUGAGAGAUUAGAUAAAGAAAGAAGGGAAAGAGAGGACGCUUGGAGGCGACAAGAAUUAGAAAAACUUGAGCAAGACAUGGCUGCCAGGGCCCGUGAACGGGCAUUAGCUUCUAGUAGAGAGGCCUCCAUUGUUUCAUACUUGGAGAAAAUCACUGGCCAAAGUAUUAAACUUCCUCCUAGGAAUCAUCCCUCAGAUUUCCAGCCGGCCAUGAUUUCUUCGGGAGCCAUGAAUGGCGAGCUCAGCCCCAGUACUAGCAAAGUCUGCAGGGAUGAUUUGAGUAUAAACAUGACCAACAGGAGAUGGCCUAAAGCUGAAGUGGAGGCAUUGAUUCAAAUUCGAAGCAGCUUAGAGCAAAAGUUUCAAAGGCCGGGGAUCAAAGGGCCUCUUUGGGAACAGAUAAGCAAUUCAAUGGCGUCAAUGGGAUUUCAAAGGAGUGCCAAGAGAUGCAAAGAGAAGUGGGAAAACAUCAACAAAUACUUCAAGAAAUCGCGAGAAAAUGCGAAGCAAUGUCGCAAGAAAUUCAAGACUUGUCAGUACUUUGAUCAGCUGGAUCAACUCCACUCCAAGUCACAACUAGCCAAUGGCGGUUCUUAUUCUUGUAGCUCAUCCUCGGAGCAUCAGGCCAAGCCCAAUAAUGAAAAUCAGCUUCCCAAUCCGAUUGAAGGCUUGGUUCCAGCCAGAAACUUCAGACAAGGUGAAUUCUAUUGUAUUCCUAGUAUGAAUGUCAGUGAAGAAGAAGAAGAAGAAGGAGAAGAUGGUAAUGUUGACUACCCUGAUGAGGGAGACUGA